AACCCUACCUAACGUGCCCUUUUAUAGGACAAGCCCGACCGAGAAGAUUUAUUGGGGUUGCUGCCCUCGGUCCAAUAUGUUUUGCUAAAUACGAAGUACGGAGUCAUACGCAGUAAUAAAAUAAAGGCUUCACUCCUCUGAGAGCUGCGAUUUCCCUUCCUCCAAGGGUAUGUUUUGAUCAUGGAUAAUAGCUCCACGGAAAGUUAGACCUCAUGGAAAGUUAGUUGAGUUUGGUUUGACCUCACGGAAGGUGCAUUAAAAUACACUCCGGUGUGUGAUCUCACAGAAGAGGAUAUGCAAAUUGAAGAUGAUAAUGUGUAUGUUCCUUCAUCACCUCGUAGUGGUACUCCACACAAUCAGCUUGACGACAUAGAUGCUUCAUAUGGUGGUAGUAGUUCUAAUACUCGUGAAGCAUGGGAUGAUGUAUGGAGAGACGAUAGCCCCCCUCCUUUCUCUCCUAUUGGUACACAAAUGGAAACCGAUGAAAGAAGGAGCAAUAAGAGAGUUGCAGUGAGUGAUGCACCACAAUCUAAUAAGAGUGCACGGGUUGAAACCACAAAGAGAGCAGGUAAAACUAAAUCAUUGGGUGACAAACUUGAUAACAUGAUGCAACUCAUUGGAGGAAGGAACAAUACAUCUAAGGGAGUGCAUAUGUCAAUGAUGAACGUCAUGGACUCAAUGGUCACACCAAAGCAUGGAGAAAUUAUUGAAGCACUAGCAAAGUUAUGUGCUUUGCCGGAUUUAGAUCCAAGCACACCUGAAUUUUAUUUUGCUUGCACGAUGAUUGAGGAUCCACAAAAAAGAUGCAUUCUCCUAGGUUACCAAAUGACCAGAUGAGAGUUGAGUACAUCAAGUUUGUAUAUGUUGAGCUGAAGAAGAAUUAAAAAGACAUC